AUGUAUGGGAUAUACCAAUACCCUGACUUCUACAACGCCUUUGGAAACCCAGAAGAAGUUGCAGCAGAUCAAAAUAAGUACAAAAAUGCGCUUGAUCGUCUAAUGCUAAAUCUGAAAAGCAUAGCUGGUGAUUCUCAUCGUAAGUUGGCUGUGGGAAAUGCAACAAUUGAUAAGUCUCGAACUGUUGUUUAUGGUCUUGCUCAGUGCAUGCUUGAUUUGUCCAAGGAAGAUUGCGACGCUUGCUUACUGAAGGCUGUCUCGGAUAUAUCAGUAUGUUGUCAGGAUAAGGUUGGCGGUAGAGUUAUCAAAUUCAGCUGCAAUAUAAGAUUUGACCAUUCCUUUUCUAUGAUCCUACAGCUAUUGAUUCAUCAAUACAAUUAUCAUUGCCCACCAAUGCUGUUCUUGCUCUAUCUACCAAUGCAACUUCCUCACAAGGAGAAAGAGGAAGCACUGGCUUAUCACUAAUUGUUGUCAAGAUUAUUGUCCCCAUUAUCAUUUCAAUGAUCCUUUCUUGUUUGGUGGGUUGCUAUUUGCUAAGGAGGAAAACAAGGAAGAGCAGCCAGUCUAUUUUCAAAGAG